ACGAUGAUGAUAGCCAUGAUGAUGAUGGUGCCAUCAUUGGAGGUCUCCUGAAGAAUCUCUCAGGUUCUCCGCUUGGUGCCGGUCUAGUCAGCACCCAGGGUCCCCCGCGCUGGCUGGCCAAUGAUGCUGGGUGCACACGUACUCCCAAGGACCGAGGAACACAGGCCAGUCUUCGAGAAGAAAGUUCUGGGCUCUUUUUCUCAGCGGGAGAGAAGGAAAGCGAGUCCAUCGACCUCUGGAAGGAAGUAGCGAACUGCAGCUGGAAAAGGGUGGAAGGGACGGACUAAUCGUUUUUAGGUGCUGAAAACCGCUCCCCGUUUCCGAAACUCAAAAUGGAGCUGGUUCCGAAGACAAAGUACACCCACUUCCGCAGCGAGUCCCUCAGCUCCACGGAAGAUACCAACUCCAACCCCUCCCUGCCCAACUCGGCCCCCAUCACCCCCCUCACCCCUCCGGGGAUGUCCUCCUCGCUGUCCUCUAACUCCCUGACCGCCAUCCUGCCCCCCUCCUCCCCCCGGCCGGCCGAGAACAGCCCCACCACCUUCUGCUCCUUCUUCCCCCGCAUGGGCGCCCUCCGGCUGGGCGUCUCCGCCACCCUGCUCCCAGGCCUGAAGGCCGGGAGUAGGCCGCAGCUCCCCCCGGAGACCGACGAGCCGCCCGGGGAGCCUGCCCCGGGGGUCACGCCGCCGCUAACCUCCGCCUCUCCCUCUCCCCGCCCCCCGCAGGACAUGAACCGGCUGGGCGGGGCCUCGCGCCGGGGCCGGGUGGAGGGCACCCAGUUGGGGGGGGACGAGUGGACUCGCCAGGGGUCCUUCGUCAACAAGCCCACCCGUGGGUGGCUCCACGCCGACAGCGUGCUCAGCGGAACGGGCGUCUCCUACUCCGUCCGGUAUAUGGGAUGCGUGGAGGUCCUGCAGUCCAUGAGAGCGCUGGAUUUUAACACCAGAACUCAGGUUACUAGGGAGGCGAUCACUGUGGUUUGUGAGGCUGUCCCUGGUGCCAGAGGGGCCCAGCACAGGAGAAAGGGUUCCUCUCGGUGCCUGUCCAUCUUGGGGAAGAGUAAUCUGCAGUUUGCAGGCAUGGCCAUCAGCCUGACCGUGUCCACCAGCAGCCUCAACCUGCUGGCCUCCAGCUGCAAACAGAUUAUCGCCAACCAUCACAUGCAGUCUAUCUCUUUCGCCUCCGGAGGAGACCCUGACACGGAGGAUUAUGUCGCUUACGUGGCCAAAGACCCCGUCAACCAAAGAGCCUGCCAUGUGCUGGAGUGUCCUGAGGGCACGGCCCAGGAGGUCAUCGGCACCAUCGGUCAGGCCUUCGAGCUGCGCUUCAAACAGUACCUCAAGAACCCCCCCAAACUGGUGGCCCCCCACGACCGGAUGGCUCCGUUUGACGGCUCGGCUUGGGAGGAGGAGGAGGAGGAGGAUGAAGGUGCCCCUCCCCCGGAGGUGGCGUACUACAACGACUUCCCCGGCAAGCUGCCCCCUCUGGGGGGCCUGGUGGACAUGAGGUGCCACCCCACCGGACCGACCCUGCCUUACGGACAGCCAGGACAGACGGACGUGCACAAGCAGCCGUUGCCACUGGUGACAGGGAGCAGCCUGGAUGACCCUUCCUACGUCAAUGUUGAGAAGCCCCGCCCCCCUCUUCUUGCAGCCAAUGACUCCUUUGAUGAGGGCUCCACAGCGCCCCCUCUGGUCAGGCAGCUGCAUCGCGAGCCCUGGUUCCACGGCAGCCUGAGCCGCCGGCAGGCAGAGAGCCUGCUGGGAAGGGACGGGGACUUCCUGGUGCGCGAGUCCGGCACCACCCCGGGACAAUACGUCCUCACGGGGCAGCAGGGGGGUCAGCCCAAACACCUGCUGCUGGUGGACCCGGAAGGAGUGGUCCGGACCAAGCACCACCGGUUCGACAGCGUCAGCCACCUCAUCACGUACCACAUGGACAACCGGCUGCCCAUCGUGUCCGCGGGGAGCGAGGUGUGCCUCCAGCGUCCCGUAGAGCGAGGGGCCUGAGCCCACCCGCAGCCCCCACCGCCCCCACCCCAGGCCCUCCCCGCCCGCCGGUAUCCCAGAGUGCCUUGUGAACCAGUGCCCUGUUCCUAUUGGCCGCCCCGGGCAGCCUCCGCGGUCGCCGCUCCAGACUCCAGGCAGAAGGACCAGGGGAAUUGUGGGAGAUUUUGAAUGAGUGAAGGACCCUCGGGGCUGACAGAAGGCCGCCGGGCCGGUUUCCCCAUGAACGAAGAUUGACCGGACACCUCCUCCCUUCCAUCUUUAACCGUUUUAGGAGGUGCCGAA